AUGGCGACGUUGGUAGAGAAACCCCCUGACCUUGGGUCUGACAUCGAGUCCAAAUCGCCCAUCGAUGUCGACAUCAAUGAUCUCAAGGGCAUACAGGUGAAAGAAGCCAAGUUCGGCAAACAUGGGGUCCUUCAAAUAAAGAAUACAACAGCAAUCCACGUGACUACGCCGAUGAUUCCCGAGGCUAUCGUAAAAACAGAGAAAGGGGUCAUCGGGAAACCCCCAAUAGUUCGAAAAAGUAAAAAGCCUGAUUAUCCGGAUGAUCGGACAGAAGGAAGGUCCACUCGUCCUGGUUCAGAAAUAACGAUACCGGAUUCCAGGUCCCGUGAUGAGAGAGAUUCUGAUAUUGGUAAUGAUAAGAUGAGCAGGAUUAAAUCACCUGCGUCUGUGCAGGUGGAGAGGAAACCACCGCCAAACAACACGCCAGCGUCACGCGCAUUUUCCGACUAUACACGGAACUCUGGCGGAAGUACCAAAUACCAUGUGAUGGUUCCAGGUCAAGGUCAUAUCGACCCGCUCCCUUCUCCGUCCAAGCGGAUGCAUCAGACUAGUCGUACCCGACGAGUCCCGGCGAAGCUAAUUAGACUGACAACUGUAACGUUGUCGGCAAGGACUAAGCCAGCGUCACGGGGCCAGGGUUCAAGUCUGUAUUACGAGGACCCAAAGAAACCCUCAAAAGUGAUAGGAUGGGACGAGGCCAACAAUGCCCGACCCCCUCUGAGGGUGGACAUGGAGGGUCCUGGACCAUGGGCUUACUCUCCCGCUAACAAGCCUCUAGGAGAGACCAACGCUCCCUCUUGGACGUUCAGGGCAAAAUGUGCUCCCGAAAAAACGGGAGGUGCACGCACAUCCUGGGAAAAACCAUGGUUCCAGAGUCCUCAUGUUUGGCAGACAAAAACUGACUUCUACAAUGACACAAGUUGGCCGACUCCUAACCUGUACAAACAAAAGUCCUUGUUAGGACCACGACAGAGGACGAUGACGGAGGCACCAUCCUUCACCAUUGGUGUUAGAAAGGAGCUCACUCUACAUAAAUCUGGGUCAUCGAAGGAACCAAGCCCCAACGAGUACGCAAAGGACUCAGCCGACAAACUGGUCCACCAACGCGGACCGUCCUACAGCCAUCAGUUCCGUCGCUCAGGCACCGUACUUUGGCCUUCUAUAGAGAAAACACCUGGACCUGCGGCUUACACCCCUGCCUAUGCCCACAGCAAGACCUCUGGACCUGCCUUUACCAUUAGAAGCAUCCGACGGGACGCGUCCCACACACUUGGUCCACACUCGGCAUUUUAAGAGAUUAACAUGAGGAUUUUAUCGCAGAAAAAAGAGAAAAGAAUAUUUCGUCUUAGAAAUAAUCAAUAAUUCUCAACAACUAUUUAUC